AUGGACAGGUUUCUUUCCAGAAAACGUCCAAGGGAACAGUCCCCUCUCCCCCAUAACACCACAAAGCAUCUGCCGGAGGUAGAUGAAGAAAUACUCGCAAGCGAGGAGGAAUCAACUGACGUUAAGUUAGCCGUCCUGGCAUCUCUCUUCCCAGAUUUACAACAAGACAUCCUUCUCGACACCUUAAUUGCGAGUGACGGAUCCGUAACAACUGCAUGCUCAACUUUAUCAUACCAUGCACCCCCUGGCAAUAAUAAGAAGCGGGCCACUAACGGGGCCCUGGGGAUACAGAGCUCACUCUCAGCGUUCGGAGUAAAAGCAAUCAAUUCAUCAACAUCAAUACUAGGUCCAAAAUCCGUCACUAAAAGAGGCCGGACCCUUCACCUUUUCGAUCCUGAGGACAUAUCAAAAUACACCUCUUGUACCAUAAUCCACAACUUCCUGCCUGCCAACGAAGCCAACGACCUCCUCCGUGAACUUCUCGAAGAAGCAAAAACUUUUCAACGGCAAACGUUUCAACUGUUCGAAAACACCGUCCAAAGCCCCCACUCCGCGGGCUUCUAUGUCGCCAGUGCAGCGGAGCAAGAACAGCAACGGCACGACUACUCAUACAACGGCACCUAUCGCACUGAUGUCCGACAACUAACUCCAGAGCUACGUCGUGUUUCUGUAAAAGUACAAGAAGCCGUCAACAACGAGAUUCAGAAACGUAUCAAAUAUUACUAUCCUGGUGGCAAGAAGCUCAAAUAUCAGUCACCGCGCACAUGGGUUCCGAAUGCGGCCUUUGUUAACUGCUACGACGGACCCUCUGAAAGCGUGGGCUACCACUCAGAUGAGCUGACAUAUCUGGGACCGCGGCCUGUCAUAGGCAGCUUGAGUCUAGGUGUCUCGAGGGAAUUUCGGGUACGCAGGAUUGUGCCACCCGAUGACCCUGACGACAACGAAAAAGCUACAGGAGCAGCAGCAGCAGCGACACAAACGAGAGCAGACAUCCAAGGCCAAAUCUCCAUUCACCUCCCUCACAACUCCCUCCUAGUAAUGCAUGCCGAAACCCAAGAAGAAUUCAAGCACAGCAUCAGCCCUUCGCAGACAAUCUCCCCGCAUCCCAUCGCAGGAAACAAACGCAUAAAUAUCACCUAUCGCUGGUACCGAGAGUCUCUCCAUCCACGCUUCACACCCAAGUGCCGCUGUGGGAUGCCGUGCGUGCUGCGGUGUGUGCAGAGGAAGAAGGAGACGAGGGGCAGGUACAUGUGGAUGUGCUAUGCGGGGUAUGCGGUUGGACAUACGUCGUGUUCCUUUUUCCAAUGGGCGGAGUUUGAUGAGGAUGGGGAGCCUGUUUGGGCAAACGAAGGGAAAGCAAAAGGAAUAGGGGUUGAAGCUGGUGCUAGUAAUGAUCAUUUACAUGAAAAGCAAUGA